GAUGAUGCUCCCGGAAAGUUCACUGGAAUUUGUUAAUCGAGAAAAGAAUCAAGCGGCUGAUGCUUUGGCAAGAAAAGCAACUCAACAAGUUAUUUCUUCUGUUAGUUUUCAUAUUCCUCCUGUUUGGUUGAUUAAAUAUUUGUAUUAUCCUUUCACAAUCUAAUUAAAUAAAGCUAUGUUGUUAAAAAAAAAAUGUUGUAUUUGUUCAUAUAGGAAAAGAGAAAAAAAAAUGGGACUAAUAACAAACUAUCACUUUUUCAGUGUGUGCCACAAACCCUAAGCGGUACCCUAUAUUACACACAAUAACUGCAACGCGAGAAUCUGCCUCCUGAUAAUGACUUCUUCCCUCAAACGACGCAACGAAUCUCCAGGGCUGAUGCUUUUUCCGAAAGACGGUGGUUGUGUGCUGUACAACCCGAAAGAAGGCACGUUCCAAAGGAAACUUGGAGACUUUUCAGGGUGUCGAUUCCUGGCAAACUCGGGCAACUGGCUCUUGUUGUUAGAUUCAGGAUCCAGUUUGUACAUCGUAGAUGCGUUUAGCGAGAAAAAAGAUCCGCAAGAUUCUGACAGUAUUUUCAGCGAUCUGAGUGCUGAUGUGGUGAGGGGCCUUUUGUGGGUUUCCGAGAGUGGAAAAGAGUACGUUGUGGUGUGGUUGUUCGACCUCCCUGGACACUCGUACAUGAGCUUCUGCAAGAAUGGGGAUACUCAUUACACUGACAUUCCACUGUUUCACCACCAAGACUUGCACUGGUUAGAUGGCUUGUCGGAGAUGGUGCUAUGGGGUACCCGUCUUUAUCUCUCAACAAGUCGUCGUUAUGUUCGAGUCCUAGAUCUGUCUGGACCGCAAGGUUUCUUCAAGGACAUUACCGACGGUACACCAUUCCCAAUGCUUUCUGCAGAUAUGUCAUACGAUUCUAGCAUUGCGGUUACAACAUCAGGGCAGGUUCUGUUGGUUGAGAGUGAUCCAUGCAAUAGGACCUGCUUCCGCCUCUACAAGAAGAAUCCAGAUAUUGAAAACCCUGAUCUCUUUGGCCACACGGUUACUGAGGUAGAUUCUCUUGAUGGUGAGGCACUGCUUCUUGACUUGGGUUACACUGUGCCUGCUAACAAGGCCCUUGAUAUCAAACCAGACUCCAUCUAUUUCACCCGUCACUAUCGUCCCUGCCAAUGCGCAUCUCCCGACCUUGACAUCUGUGUGUUCAAUCUUGCAACGAAGACUCUCCAUCGCUUUCCCGAUCUUGACAAGAUGAAUCUUAUGGAUGCUCGAUGGUUUCUCCCUUCUGGGAAUUAUGCUUUUUAA